AUUUAUUAUAUUCUUUUUCAUUCGAUUUGUCCGAUCUUUUUUGUUUGUUUUUUUUUUCAUCCGGUUUCAAACAAUAGAGGAAUUGAAAAAAAAAAAAAGACAAAACCGUUUGGCCGCGAACAUGGAACAGAAUAACGCGAUUCCGGUGAAACAGACCAAACAAAACGGCAAACCGGUGGUGACGAUUACGGCCAGCGCGGCGGCCAGCGGCAUGGCCGCGGCCAAGGCGGCCAUGAACAAAGCUCUCAAAGACAACGUGCCGAUAAACGUCGCCGUCAGCAAAGUGUUGCAAGGAUACGAUUGGAAUCUGGUGCCGGUGCCCGCCAAGUACGUUAUUUUCUGCGUAUAAAUUAUUGUUUCGGUUUUGAACCCGUUUGUCUUUACCGGUCCGUUUCCGCAAUACCGCAUGUAAAACGCAGCACGUACAUUGUACAUUACGAACGGAUUAUAUCUUUGGUCCCAAUUUUUUUUUUUCAUCUUUUCCCCCUUUAUUUUGGGUCUGAAUGGAAUAAGUAUUUUCAAAAUUUAAUUUUUCUGUGUUGAAAACUAUGUAAAAUUGACUUGAGCCAUUCUCAAUUAAUAUAGGAAAUUUCGCGGUUAUAAUGUAUUGUUGAAUGAACCGUAUACGUUUAAGCUAAAAAAAAAAAAAAAUAUACGAUGUACGUACGCAUAUUGUUUUUGUUCCGUUGGUAAACCAAUUUAGGGAUUCGUUUUUCCGCUGAAAAUUGUGAACAAAUAUUAUAUAUAUCUAAAGUCUGCCUAAAUGAGGUGCGAUUGCGAUCUGCAAAUAUAAAUAUAUAAGUGAUAAACACAUUACCCUCGCUUUUAUUCCGAAGACGGGUAAACAAAUGGUGAGCAUACUCAAACGAGUUAUACUCGUCAAGUCGUUUUUACAGACAUAAUAACCUUUAGUACCUAUUCUCAGAUGGAUUAUGUAUUUAUUUAUCUAGUUUCUUUACAUCACUGGCGUACGCAAAAAAAAGGAAGUUAGGGAUCAUAUCCAUCUUACCAUUAGUUUUUCAAUACCACCGCAAUGAGUAUUUGAUUCAAUGAAUCAACGCUGUUUUCUUAGAUCCGGUUCUUAAAUUCCCAGUUGAUUAAAAAAGAUAAUUCUUCGAUUUUUGUAUGAUUAAUAUUUGCUACGUCCCGCCCAUUGAAAAUUCCUGGGCACUCUAUUGUAGUCUCUAGUUUUAUUUAUAGUAUUAUUUUCGUACUUGCCCCGAGUAAUAAAUCCAAAAUUCGGUAAUGUGUUUUGCCUUUGCGAAAUAUUAUUACGAUGUUUGCAAACGCGUAACUGCAUAUGGCCAAAUUCGAUACAAAAGUUCUCGUCGGUGUAUAGUUUGAAUUAUAAAUCGACUCGCUGCUUACGUAUAACUUAUUCAUAAAUAAAAACAGAUAUACACUAUUAUACAGUUCACUAGCUGCAGCAGUUGUUGAAACGAGUUCCGAAAUAGAAAUGUAUAUACUAUCAUCCACUAUACAUUUUUUAUUUAUUUUUUAUACAAUUCCGGUAUAGGUGCGAAUUUGAAAUACUAUAAAUUUUAAUUUUUCAAUCUCGAAAUCUGCACGUCGUUUUUUAAUGUCCAAUCACGUCAAUUUUUUUAACAAAAAUUAUGCCUUGUUAAAAAAUAAUGAUCUUUUUGUGUUGUACGGAACUAAAUAUUAUGCAUUUCAAUUAUAAAAUAAUAUUGUAUAGUCAGUGUAAUACAGAAUUAUAAGUGUAUGUUAUAUUUAGUAAGAUUUUUCGAAAUUAAUAAUACAAAUAGGUGUAAAAAAACUUCAUACAGAAAUAGUGAUGGUAGUGAUGGAUAGAGUUAAUAACUCAAAAUCGACUGGAAUGAAGUUAAAGAAUUAUGUUUUCGAUAGCUGUAAGAAGAUAGUGUCACACGACGACAAUGUGCGUGAAAAAGUUGGUGUCAAACUAAAGGUACCCGCUGUAACGGUGUCUGACACGAAAAUAGAUACGUAACACUUAAAUUCAUCCCUUGUCGAACACUUCUAACCUUUUUUUUAUAUGUGUAAUAUACCGGUAUAGUUUAAAUAAACGAUUCUCGAUUUUUCUCCUUUUUAACCCAUCAUAAUAUACGUCGUUUACGUCAAUGUAUAUAUAUUCUUUAAAAUUAUGGAUACCUAUAUAGGUACUAAAGAAUUUUACACUAUGUUGGAUUUAUUUUUUCCGGUUGAAUCGAAAACGACUAUACUACUUAAAUAAAACGAAAAAGUUGAAAAAUCAUCUAUAAAUAGUAUUGCUUUGAUUUUUCAAGUAAUUAUUUACAGAAACAUGACCAUUAGGAAAAUUUAACGAAAACAUUUCUUAUACAAUGGUACAAGAAAGAAGAAUCUCGAGAAUGGAAAUAAGGAAGCUAAGGAGAUUAUAACAGUAUAGCUCUCCCAGAUUCCCUGCAGCUCCCUUAAAUAAUCACCAUUAAAGAAAUGAUUAUUUUGUUACAAUUUUUUUUUUUUUUUUUUUUUAUAUACAAUUUAUAACAAAAACUUAUUCUAUAUCACCGAUAAAAAUAUAGAAAGUUUAAUUGUUUACAAUUAAAAAAACACUGUUACUUAAUUUGUUGAUUAUAACUCAACACAAAAUCAAUAAGUCAAUGUAAAAUCUGAACUUUUAUAAUUUAAAAUUGUAUACUCUAGUAUAGUAUAAUAGUAUAAUAUGAUAUGAUAUUUGAAUUUGCAUUUUUAUAGGGGGUUUACUUUAUAUCGCUGUAAAUUAAUAGUUCACUAUUUUUGUUGAUUUGAUUCUAAACGUAGCGAAUGUCCCUAAUAGUAAAACUAUUAUAUGUUUUUUCUGCCUGUAAAUACAUUUUUUACUAGAAAUCUUGCUUCGAUUUUCAAGUGUGGCGUAUUUUCUGAAAUCAAAAUAUGUCUAGUUGUUGCAUUGAGAGAUCGGUUUAUGAUUUUUUUUUUUGUAGUUUUUUUUUUUAUAGUUGGGAAAAAUCGGGAUAAAACAUAGGAAAAACGGGAAAAUUUACAGCAUUAACGGUUUCAUUAUUUUUCGAUUUUGUUUUAUUGUUGUUAUUCAAUUUAAAAUAAUUAUAAGACCCUAAAUUUCACAAAAUAUUUAUACUAGCCUUUUCCAGACAUAGUAAAAUUGAUAUUUUUGAGGUUUUUAAAUUUUGUUUUCUUUCAAUUUUAUAUGGAUACAAUAUUGUUUAAUCGAACGUCGUCAAAAAUGAUUAAUCGUCGCGUACAGAUAUAAGUUAAAUAAUUUUAUGUAUCCUCCCUUGCUAACUUCUCACCCACAGCAGCAGCACACCCAUCAGCAAUGUCAGCUCUUAUUUUUCCUCUCUCAGUUUUUUAUAUACAUAAUUACACGCGCGUUGAUACCUUGUACAUUGUUUUAUGUUUAAGUACAAAAUAAUGAUGGAGACGGGAUUGUGCGUAAUACUCGCAGUUUAUAUAAUUAAUGUACACAAUGGCGGAGAAUAUGUAUUACUGCUGCGCUAUAACGCGGAGAUUAAAAGGGUCACCGAGUUUUAACGCAUAGUAUAAAUCGGUGGCGUCUUAAGUGUCACGUAAGAUUUUCAUUAAAUUUAAGCGCGAAAGUAAUUUGUAUACUUUAUUACUACCGACUGAGAAUAAUCUGGCCAUUUCUGCUGCAGAAAAGUUCAUAAUAAUAUUUUAAACAACUCGCGCGACAAUAUUAUAAUAAUGCCCGACUAGUAGCCGUUUUUCUAAAAAAAAAAAAAAAAUUAUAGAAACUCGUAAACUGCGAAAGGAGUUUCUGUCGUCGUUCAAUGAUUAAUAUCCAUUGUUUGUUGGUAAGUAACCUAUACCUACGCCAUCGCUUUAUUUGUUGCAAAUAUUGUUACAAUGUAGGAAUAUGUUGACUGUUUCGUUCGAAUAUAAUAAAUAUUAUUAUAAUAUAUUCGAAUAUUGGGGUUGAGAGAAGGGAAACAAAUGUUUAAAUUAAUAAUUCGUGACAGGCGAGCCGAUAUUAUCUAUAAAACGUAUAAUUAUUAUAAUAUUAUUUAUUUUGCAACUCGGUGUAAAAUAUUCAAAAUAAAAAAAAUAAUAUUUAUAUUAACUUCCGUUUUUAAUCUCAGCUAGUAUGUAUAUACAUAACUAAGGUUUGAACGUAUUAUUAUGCAUGUAUUUAUUUCACGACAGAUAAAUUAUAUUAGUUUAUAGAUUAUAAAGUAAUAUACAGAGUGCUGCGUUUGUAAAAUGUAAUGUUUAAAACCUAACUAAAAAAAAAAAAAAAAUACCCCGUAUUUCCAAUAAAUAAAACGUAUUUUUUCUUAUCUUUACCGUUUUUUCGAAAAUUUAGCACAAAAAUGUGGGAAUGCACUACGGCGCCACUCGCGUAAUAUCGAACGACGGAAAAAAGAGCAUUUUUAUAAUCAAAUUAUUUCGUAAAGCUGAAAAUUGAAUUAUAUAAUAUUUUUAAUCCGCGAGAAAAGUAUUGUUAUUGAUUUAUUAAUUGUUCGAAAAAUAAUUAAUAUUUUAACAUUUCCAUAGGCAAAAAAAUAAUAAAAUACAAUCAUUAACUUUGUCACAAAAUUAUCGUCAUUAUAAUAAUUUAUUUAUAUUAUAAAAGUUUUAAGCUCGGCAAAUUCGUAAUUUUUGUUUUAUAUAUAAAAUAACACGUCACUCAGUUUACGUUUAACAUAAUUAAAUACGAUUAAUUCUUGAUCGACUUUUAGAGAUUAUUCUUAAUGGAGUACUCGGCAAACGAAUCCUAGCGCGAAGAAGAGAAAAUUAGGGUGUACACCCCCCUAGCCCAUCCCCAUCACCAUCUCUGCACUCGUUAGCUUGAAAUUACAACCGACCAUGAAUAUUUGUAUGAUAAUUUAAUUUUAAAAUUGUGUAUUGCAGCCGAGUUAGGCGUAAUGCUUGAUUUGGUAAAUAAGAGUUGGGUUUUUUGAAUCCGGCUUUUAAAUUUCGAUCGGUAUAUUAUAUAGAAGAGGAUUCUAAGAUUUAUACACUAAUUUAUUAUUCAUUGCAUAUAUCGUUCCCCAAUGGAAAUUCCUGGAUAAGCUUACCGAACGAAUCUGAAAUGAUUUUACGAUGCCACCAAUAACAAGUUCUCGUGUAUUUAUAAUCGUUAAAACUUGACGCGCCGCAAAAUAAAUUGUAUUAUUUUAUCGGAUUUUUUUUUUUUCAGAUAUCCGUUUUCGGAUAUAGAUAAACGGUUUUUUUUUUGCAUAUAUAUAUAUAUAUAUAUAUAUACAUUGUUUGUGUAACGCAUAUUUGCGAUAUCUGCAAGAAGACGCAUAAUAAUAAUAAUAUAUACGUAUACGUUUAAUAUUCGAUAAGUAUAAUACUCCGAGCUUAGAUAAAUAAUAUUAUACCGGCAAAGGAAUGUUUUUGCCGUCAUCAUUGGCGGCUUUAAAAAAAAAAAAAAAAAAAAAAAAUAGGUUUUUUUUAAUAAUUAUUUAUUAUUCGCGUUCGUCCUAUCGUGUACACCGCACCGGAAGAUAAGGGACGGCCGGAAGUUCCUUACUAAAGACACGCAUAUACAUAUAACACCGUCAUCAAGGACGGGGAAUCUAAUUCAAUAGUUCUAUCGUUAUUUUACUGCUUAUAAUUUAUUUAUGUAUGCGUGUGUGUGUGUGUGUGUGUGUAAAAUAUAUCAUCGUAAUACAAAUAUUCAGCAUAUAUAACUAUAAUAUUAUUUCGUGCCGAUAGCGGUACGGUCUUUGUGAUCGACGCCUACGGGUCCGGUGCGUCACGAAUCUAGAAAAAAAAAAAAAAAGAAAAAAAACGAAAACAUUAUAAUAUGUGAAAUAUUUUUGUUAAUUUUAUCUGUCACCGCCGCCGCCGUGUUGUGCGCGGCGGAUGAUCAAUAUAAUAAUAUAUUUCGAAAAAACGCCCUAGUCGGCAAAUUUUUGUUUAUCAUAAACCAUCCGCAGAUAAGCCGUCAUCAUCAUAACCGUCAUCACGGGAGUUCGUAAAUAACGCGGCGAAAAGGGGACCCGGGAGCCGAAGUAUUUUUGAAGUUUUCAUUAAAACGCUCCGGCGUACGCGCGAGCCAUUGAGUAAAAUACGAUUUGUUACUGUAUUUUAGACUUUUCGAGAGUAAUGUUUUAUCGGGUAUUUUUUCUGCCUGUUAAUAAAAUGUUCUUCGCCAGAUAUUAUCUCGCUCCGAUCAUCGACAUUUUAGGUUUUUCCGGUAGCGCAUUUCGGUCACGAGAGAUCGUUUGUUUAAUUUUCCGUAUGCUGUAUCUCGCCAACAAUCGAGAAAAACCAUCGAAGAAUAGUGAAAACGAAAAAACGGUUUCCGUUAAUUUUGGUUUUUUUUUUUUUUGUAAUUCAAUUAAAAAUAACCGUGGAAACAUGAAAUUUUCACCGAAUAUUAGGUUUUUAUUCUAAAUUCAGCCGUUUUCAAAUCGUUCUGGAGAUUAAAAUUUUAAGUCGACACGUUUUGGCGAAAAUCGUAAAAACCGCGGCAUUUCAAAAAGUUUAUAAAAUUACUUUGUUCAAAAUCGUUUUUCGUUAGCAGUUAUUUAUCCCAGAUAUAAAUUGAAUUGCUGUAUACACCUGUCAGUAGAUCGACUGUUUUUUUUUUUUUUAGUUUUAAUAAUUGACACAUUAUACUAUAUAUAUAUAAAUAUAUAAUACAUAAGUGCGUUUUUUUCGACGUACUAAUAUUGUGUUAAAAAAAAAAAAUUAAAAAACCGGGUUCGAAAAUAAAUGAACUAAUUUAGUACGUUUGUUACAAUAAUAUGAUACUGUAACAACAGUUCCGUUCACGAUUUAUUUUUAAUAUUAAAAUCAAGCGUUUACAAAAAAUACAAAAAACAUUUGUUGGAUAGCGCUGCUAUAGCAUUUCGAAUCGUGAAUUUUCUUGACGCGAGUGAAUAUUAUAAAUUUGAUUAAAGAGUUUUUCAUUCCGGCGGCGUUGGAACUAUAUAAUAGUACAUUUAAAACAACGAAAUUGACAAUUAAUACCUAUUAAAUUAUUUUAAAAUCUAUAAGGCUUUUAUAGAUAUUUUUGUUUUCAAAUAAGUUUUAUUUCUAAGAGAUUCGUACGCGUUAUUAAGAUGGUAAAGUUGUAUACAUAUCAAUUCUAACCGCGCCAUUGUCGUUAUUGCUUAUUAAGAAAAAAAUCAUAAAUAUUCUGUAAUUGAUCCACAAAAAAAAAAAAAAAUAAUAAUAAUAAUAAUUAAAGCCGGUAGAAUACAAUCAUAUUAUACGAAUUUUACGGUAUAAAACUGUUUAAUAUGAUAAAUCUCGAUUAAUAUUCGACACGUUAUCUGGUUUUUCAAUAUUUUCGGCUGUACAAUAUUAAUGAAAAUCUAAUCGAAUUAAUUUAUUGUACAUAACAUAUAUUUUGAAAAAAGUAGGAGUGUGUUUGGUAAAAAUUGUCUAAAAAUACACUAAAAAAAAAAAAGACCUUUAUAUUUCACAGUGCCUGGGUGUGCCAUUAUUGUAGGUGGGAUGUCGGGAAGGUAUUAGGACGUAUUGGAUAAUUUAAUUUAUAUCUAUACGCAACGAUAAAUCACUGCUAACGAAAAACUGUUCUGAGCAAAAUUCGGUUAGACUCGUUUUGUUAAAUUUAAAUUAAAAAUUAUUGUAUUAUUACUACACAAUAAAUUACAACUGUCGUCCGGGGUAUUCGUCUCAAAUUGGUAUGUAUUUUUAUAGAGACAAUCGUGUUCACAUAAAUCCGAAAAUAUAGUAUGCGAAAUGCCGUGAGCUUUAUGAUUUUCGUCGAAAUUUUAUCUUUAAAGGUUAAUAAAAAAAAAAGUCCUGACUAUACAGCGUUUUAGUAUUUUUAUAGUGUCAUGAGAACAACUUGUACGUUUUGAUGGAUCUUAUUGAAUCAAAUUUACGGGAAUUUUUAUGAGAAGCCGAAAAAAUGUUAUCCAUUUAAAAUCGAAUACAAAAACUCUAAAACUUCAAAUAGCCAUGGAUUACGCAAAAAAUCGUUAGAAUGUUUUGAAAAUUGUAUUGCGUCUAGAAAAUCGAAAAUAACAAAAACCAUCAUUAGUUAUAAAUAUUCUUGUUUUUCCACUUUUUCUCACGAUAGUUAUUAAAUCGACAAGAAAAAACAAAAAAAAAAAAAUACCCCCAUCCAAUGCAUUAACUUGACGAAUAAUGUCGAUACCAGAAACCAGCCACGAAUAGGUAGAUUAUCGGAGCAAUAUUUUCGGUGUAGAAAAGUAGUUUACGGACGCAGAUAGAUGAAAAUUACAUAAAAAUGUAAAAAACUACACUACAGCGUAGGUAGUAAAACCAAUAAAUUCAUCGCUGUACGCUCAAAAGAAAAAAAAUAUUAGGUGCAUAGAAACCUGCAGUCGAUAAUUUAAUCGCAUAUUUAAUUUUUUGGAGACGACACUUUUUUACCGGUUUUUUUUUUAUUUGUCGGUAGUUCCUUCGUUUACGAACCGUAGCCAUCGCGUAGGUAUAUACACUUAAUUAUUGUAAUGUUUAUACAAAUUACGCACGUUUAUACGUCUUGUCGUAUCUUUUCGGAAACAUAUGGGUUUUGGACACUUACCAACGCGCGUAUUUUCGGUCGAAACUCAUCAUCGUGUGCUGCAAAAGGGAAGAUCCUAUCGCGGUCGUCACGUCUUCAAUUUUAUUAAUUUAACCGAACCGUUUUCGUCGUCGUCGUCGCGGUCGAAUCUUAAAUUUGUGCGUGUGCUAUAAUAUUAUACAAGUACUACGAAAUUGUUUAAAAAAAAAACCCGAUGAAAAUAGGAAACUUAUUUGCCUUUUUUUUUUUUUUAUUUUUUUUUUUACCGAAACUUUAUUGUAAUUUGAGACAAGCGUUUUAAUUAUUUGAAUAAAUACAGUAUCUAUUUAUCUAUCUAUCUAUACAUAAUAUAUACCAUAGAUGACAAAAAACAAACCCGACCGUAUAUUAUAUUUUAUAAUUGUACAACGUCAUAUAUAAUAGCGGGGGCAUUUAUAGUUACUGAUAAUUAUAAUUUAUAGCUAAUCAGUUUUCUUAUAAUUUAUGUCCUACGGCUAUAUUAUUACUAAAUACUAAUUGGCUUUAAAAAAAAAACCCGAUGAAAAUAGGAAACUUAUUUGCCUUUUUUUUUUUUUUUUUUUUUUUUUGUUCGUCUUGUAUGUUAAACAUUUUUUUAAUUGUACGAUAUAUUAACAUGUUUAUAGGCCGCCUUCGGAGAAGAAAAACUCCCACGUCAAAAGACCGAUGAACGCUUUUAUGGUCUGGGCCCAAGCGGCUCGUCGCUUGCUCGCCAAUCAGUAUCCGCAACUGCACAACGCCGAGCUCAGUAAAACACUCGGGCAUUUGUGGAGGUAAGUAUUAUAAAACAAUUAUGUAAAAGAAAAAUCAGAUUUCGAAAUGAUUAAACGGCUGUAGGAUGAAAAUACAUACUUAGUUUAAACGGUAUUUUAUAAUAUUUAAAUCAGUGGCAUGUGUAGGGUUUCGCCAUAAAGGGAAUUUGUAAAUUGUGCUAUAUUAUUAUUUCAUCGUGUACUUAGAUUAAAAAAAUUAAUUUUUCAUUUACACAUUUUUGUCAGUACCUAAUUCAUAAUUCAAUUUGCCAAAUUAUCAUUGCUAUCAAAUAACUAAUACCUAUGGGCAUUGAAAAUUAUUAUUAGUCUAUUUACUAUAGUAAAGGAUAAGUUAAGAAAACGUAUAAGUUCAGAGUUUUUUUUAAUAUCAAUUAUUAGGUAGUACCAACAAAUUAACUAAAAACUUAAGUAAUUUGACUUUAAAUAAUAUAGAUAGUAACAUAUAUUAUAACUAAAACUAGACAGGGGGGAUAUAUCUAUACUUAAUGUUAUCUUUCCUUUUAAAUAUGACACUUUAUAUUACUUGAGAGAACCAAAGUAAAAGUAAUUUUAUUAGCAGCUAUUUUCUAUGUUUUGUACAGGAUAUAGUUGUUCGAUAUUUUAGAUAGUUUAUGUAGUAGAUAGUACGGUAGAUAACAUAAUAAUUUGCUCGUCUUCUCAAAAUUAACUUAUAUUUGAAAACGUUAAUACGACAAGCAAAAAAUCAGAGCUAAUAUACUGUUUAUAGGCGUACCCAUGUUGUAGAGAUAUGAAGUUGGGAAGGUAUGAUAUGUAGAGUUAUUGAAUUUAUAACUGUACGUAAUGACAAAUUGUUACGAAUGAAAAACGAUUCUGAACGAUUUCGGUUAAAUAUGUUUGUCGAAACGUUGCGAGUUUGAAAUUUUUUAAAAAAUGUUAACUUAAAACGCUUAUCCAAAAAAAUUGUUUUAUUAUUAUUACUACGCUGAAUUAUUUUUGCUAUCACCAAGUGCAUCUUAUGAUGAACUUACAAAAUUCCUACAAAACAUACAGAAAAGAGAAGCUAAGAGAGAAUUCAAAAUUAAAAUUUUACUACCAGAAAAGCAUGUUUAUUUUUCGCCGUCUUGUCGGUCGAAAUGCACGUAAAAUUCUAUCGCUGUAUAAGAACCCGACUCAUAAAUUAUAAUUAUACAGUUAAUAAUUAAUAAGUAUUCACGUAGUCAAUUUUUCGUUGGAAAGUAAUUAUUACUAAGUCGCGUUCAGUUUUAUAAUAUCGUUAUUAUACAUAAAUUAACAUUUUAAAUCAUUAUACAUAAUUUUGAACUUAAUUAUUAUUAAAUUAAACUGUAAAAAUUUAAUUUUAUAAACAUUCACGUUGCGAAUUUAAUUUUAAAUACCUAUAUUGUAUACGUCAUAUAUUAUACGUUUGUUCGUAUCGUAAAAACGACUUUGGCAUAACAUUUCCAUAGAUUCAAUCGAAAUAUAAUCAAAAAAAAAAAAUUAAAAAAAUACGCCACAUAAUAAACAUAUAUAUAUAUAUAUAUUUUUAUCUUUUUAAAUUAUAAAAUUGGAUUUACGUGACACAUAUAAUAAUAAAUAUAUAUAGGCGGUACCUAUAUCGCCAUCAUAUUACACUUUAAUAACGCGUAUCAUCUCGUGCGCUUGCUUAUAAAUUAUGUAUUUGGAAAAUGACAUAAACAUUUUUUUUUUUUUUUUACUUUUAUCGAUAUAAAAAUGUUUUAUAACUCACGGAGAAAGUUUAAUAAUAUAUAAUAUAUAUAUAUAUAUAUAUAUAUAUAUAUAUUAAUACUAUAUUAAUAUUAAUGUAUAAAACGUGCGCGAUUUAAAUAAAUAUUUAUAUUACCUACACAUAUUUUAUAAAAACCAAAUUACAAUAUAUUCUUUUUUUAUUUUAGAUCGAGGUGCAGUACGCUUACGUUGAAUUUAAAUAAGCGAACAAAUACAAUUUGUAUAUUUACCUAAUGCAGUUAGUCGUUAGAUUUUACGGUAUUUUUCGUUUGCAUUAUAUAUGUAUAGGUAUACGCGAUCGAUACAAAUAAUAAUAACCUACAAACUCGAAUAUAUAAUAACAUUCCGCGGGCGUGCGUAUAAAUAAAAAAUACUGUCGGCGAAUUAAUUAGAUUUGUAGGUAGGUAUUUAUAAAAACGUUUUGACCGAAUUUAAUAUCUGCAGCAAUAUAUUCUGCUAUAUCUGAUGAACAAAUCGGUUAUCUUGCGUUCCGAGCAGCACAGCUACGGUUGAAUAUUUUGUACUAUAUAUUAUUUUCACUUCGGUUUUAUUUAUUUUUCGAAUUUACGCCUAUGGGGAGUUAUAAUAUACGAUUAUAUGAGUACAGCGGGUAAAGUUAUUAACUUAUAAGUAAUAUACAUAAUUUGAAGUUAGGUACGUUAAAAUACUUUAACGAGUAAGACUUACAAGAAAAGCUAUUAGAGUCAGUGGCAUGUGCGCUAUUAGGAGUUAUAGCCUCCCUCGGCCCAAAUAUUACAACUACUAUACGUAUUUAUUUAGUAACUUUUUCUUAAAAUUAUAUAUUGAAGCUAAAAGCCACAGGGAAAAAAGCUUGAUUUAUCGAAUACAAAUUGACUCAUUAGAUCCGCCUAUUAAAUUCUCAUUAUCGAGAUAUAAGUAUCAUAACCAAAAGAAAAUUCUACGAUUUAUUCAUUAACCGUGAUUAUUAUACUUACUACAUCCUACAAUUGAAAAUUCAUGGACACGUUGCUGGUAAAAAUAAAAUUGUAGAGGAAGAGUACGACGAAUAUAUUGGCUGUCAUGACCGCGUAUGUAGUAUAUUGUAUAGGUUGGUAGUUGAUAUAAUAGCGAACUGAUUAUGGUUUCAGGUAUUAAGGAUAGCGAGUUUUAUUGCGGAGACAAAGUCUUCAUUCGCUUUUUAGCGAGGGAUAAAAAAAUAAUAUUUAAAACGACACGGGUAUGAGAAUAGAGUCAUAAACUCAUAACAUCAUAGAUUAGGAAGCUAUUAUAGAGAAUAAAAGCAACGUAAGCUAAAAAUGUAUUUUGCAAGCCUUAUUGUUUUUAAACCUUGGUUGAUCUCUUUUUUAAUGAAUGGUAUUAGACAAUAGUAUAAAUUGAUUUGAAAAACAUUUAUAAACAUAUUGGCAAGGGAUACUCAUGGGGCAUAGUAUAAUGGACUCUGGUUAUUCUUCCACCAUGAUAACAGAACAACAAAAGAACACGGGAGAAGUUAAAAUAUAUUUCAAUAGCCAAUAACUAGGGUUAUUUGUUCGAUUGUUACAAAAUUAUCUCGCGAAGCGGUGGUAAAUAUUUAUUGAAGUGUUAUAAUGUUAUUAUGUAGUGAUUUGUUGUUUCCUUAUCAGAUACGCUUGAAGGAAGAACUGACCCCAUCCUCGAGCUAAGGAAAAAAAAUAUGUUGUCUCGCUUAAGCCGAUUACAAAUCUUUUGAGGCUCUUCAUAAGCCGUAUCCAUAUUUGCGUUCGAAAUUGCAGAGCGUUGAACAUAAAUAGAUCUCGAGGCGUUUAAGAGGACGCUAUACAUAAAUAUGCAUUUGUUGAUGCACAAUAAAUAGCGGGUUUGCGCUUGGUAGGGACAAAUGUCUGCUGUUGGUUAUAAUAUUAGAAUGCAUAUUCGCCUAUUAUAAAACUUAAAUGGGAGAACAUUGUGUUUGAUUUCUUUUAUUUAAUGUUCAAGCGGGAUACAAGCGUGUGAAUAAUACAAUUUUUUAAAACGAUUGUGUCUCGUUAAACUGUUAAAAAUAUCAAAACAAAAAAAAAACCAAAACGUACAAACAUACAAUAAAUAGUAAAAAAUGUAAUUUCCUUUAAGUUCGAUAACAGGUCGAUAAUUCGCUCUAAAGCAUGAAAACUAACAGCACAAAAUGUGUUCUUUAGGCGAAUGCAAAUUUGAUGGAUCGUGAUGCGUUUGUGAAAAGACGGAGACGGUACAAAGUGCACGGCGCGUACUGCGUUUACUGUCCUCUCGAAUAGAAGUCGUUACAUUGUACUCUUUGAAUAGUUUAAUAUUAGGUAUUACGCCGAUUGUAUUUCCGAUACGAAAUACGAUUGUCGUCGUAUUCUACGUAAAAAUACAAAAUAUUUUAUAUUAUAACAGUAUACAUUUAGUAAAAUCACGGAUUUCGAAAAGAGCACGGCGAAUUAAAAACGUGCGUUGGACACCCUCUAUGGCGCUAUUAUAUGAUGUAGUAACGCGAUAUUUAACGCUGACUAAUAAUAAUAUUCUCGAUAUUACGCGUAGUAUGUACUAUAUCAUAAGACGAUAGUGUCCCAUCUACAUAAUAUUUCGUAUCGUCUUUAGUAUAAAAUAAUAACAAUAUUAUAGCCGCGUAUAUUCGACGCGAAAAACGCAAACGUAAAUCAUUAUUGUUAUUAAAUUUAAAUAUCGUAUUAUAGCGACAAAUUCUGCGAUCGAAACGAAUUAUUAUUGUAAAUUAAAAAUCCCAUAUUUAUUCAUAACGUGUAAUAACAUAAUAAACACUUACGUUAUAAUAUUAUACGUGAUAUAUUGGUCGCGUAUCUGCCGCGCAAAACGAUUACCUUGCAAGUAUGCAAUAAUUUACGAGUGCGUUAUACUCGAGGAGUGCAGUUUAAUAAUAUAUAUUAUUAUGUAACAUUAUGAUGUCGCUAAUUUUAGAUUUUGCAGAACGAUUAUAUUAAUAAUUUCGCGACGGUGUGCUUUUUUUUCCUCCUCCUCCCCUCCCGUUUUCGGUUUUCGAGAUCGUAUGAAUACCCGCGGAAUCGCGAUUAUCCGUUUAACGAACGUCUAGAUACGGUUUUCCUGGAAAUUCAUAAAAUUUAAAAAUCCACGAAGACAUUAACGUUCAAACGUCCGAAUAAAUAAAUUAUAUUCAUCCCCGCCCUCAAAUGAAAUGAUUAAUCAUUGUACUCAGGUAUUUUAAUAAUGACAAUAUCAUAUUGGCUUAACACUAACUGCAUAACUCCCACUUCCUAGCUCCCAACUGUAACCAUACAAUACUGCGGCCUUGCGGUUUAAUAUCAAGGUGCGAAAUAUUUCGAAUUUUUUUUUAUACGAAUAUUUAUUAUUAUUAUUUUUAAUUUUCUAAUGCCUAUUAAUUUGCACGGAAUUCACGAGAAAAACAAAAACAUCUACUUUUCCGAAAAUACCUACAAAAAAUAUUACAAAAAAAAAUUAAAAAUUAAAUCCUGUUUAGAGACAAAUAUUAUGUAUAUUAUUUUUAAAAUGUUUCUGGAGACCAUCAGUUUGCAUCAAUUGUUUUAAUGGAUUGUCUCUAACAGCGUAUACAACUAAUAACAACAAUAUGACAUCUCCUUUUUACUUUUAUUAAAUUUUCACUUGUUACUAAUAUCGUCCAUACGAUUUUGAAAUCAUGAUUAGUGCCAUCUGUAACAUCGUCUUGAUAACUACGGGCGAGGAGAAUGUAUCUCGCCCAGUGAUAGUUUUUUUUACUUAAAAUGUAUAAUAAUGUACAGUAUGGUGUUAUUUAUAUUAAUAUUAUUAAUUGUGAAAAAAAAAGAAUGUUAACAAUCGGCUUCAUCCCCUCUGACAAAACUACUCACACCAUAUAUCUUCCGGAAGAAAGAUUAAAACAUUGUAUAUUAUAUUAUUAGCUACACCGAGAUGUUAUGAGUUGUUUCUGUCUCAUUACCCGAGGUGUGAUUUAUCUCUAACCACGUGAUAUAAUAAAUUGGUAACAGAUAAUACCAUGGGAUCGGACGUGAAAUUUUUCCUAUGAUAUGUACAUAUAAAUCAAAAAUGUCCAACAUUGACUUUUCGUGUUCAAAAAUGACUACAAUUAUUAUUAACGUUUUCCUUUUUAUACACGCAUUGAUCAUAUCAUUAUUACUGUCGAUUCACAUUAUUUUUAAAUACCAAUACUUAUUCUGCAAUUUUUUAUAAUAUUUUAACAUAAUUAUCACAAAUAGAAUAAUAUUAUAAUCAUUCUUGUUGAAUAGUUUUUAAUAUACAUAUAUAUAUAUAUAUAUAUAUAUUUCUUGUUUUGUAAACAACAUUAUUUAAAUUAAUUGCUAAGUAGUUGGGUGGUACCUAUUUAAAUUAAAGCGUACGCAAUUCGAAAAUUAAAAGAAAGUUAAAAAGUUUUAUACGAAUUUGAAAUUAAGAGUUUUAAAAUAUUGAUCACACUUAAAAAAAAAAAAAUGUUUAAAAAGUAAUUACACAAAAAGAAUAAAUAUUACCUACAUAUAAGUAUUUCUAUAAUAUGCUAACCACACAACUUAACGUUAAUAAAUAAUUAAAGCUAUAUUGAAGAAAAAAAAAGUUUAGCACUGGCACACUAUACGAAAAUAUUUCACUAAACUUUAUGAAAAAAACUGAUAUCAUUUGCACAUAAUUUAAUUAUAAGAGUACAUUAUAUUACUUAUACUAUAAUAAAUACUAAUAUUCAGGUUUUUUGUCACCUAUAUUCCCCUAUCGAAUUUUAAAAUGUUUGCAAUAUUUUUUAUCUAUAUAUGUGUCUAAACUAUUAUGUCGUAUUCGUAUAGUACCUAUAAUAUGAAAUAAACGAACGAUGAAUUAUAGAGGUGUCGAAAAACUGCUGCGGGUCCCUGUAGACACGCGGAAAACGAAAAAAAAAUCCUAUAUAUUUAUGAGAUUGAAGUUUUUGCAGCGUUAAACUUCGCAGAGUUCUGUAGUUUUGUUUUAUUUAAAAUCAGGUAGAUAGGUAUUACCAGGAACUAUAUACGCGUAUACGAAUUUUUUAUUACUUUCGGGUUUUUGUUUUUUACGGUAAAUACUUUUCCAGGGAAAAAAAUAAAAAUUCACAUAUAUAAUAUUAUAAUUAAAAAUAACAAUAUAUUAUAAAAACGUUAAGUUCAGUCAUUCACCUAUAUAUUUAUUAUGGUAUUAAUAUAAUAUUAUAGAACGCGUAUAUCAACUUUUCAUCAUUAUCAUCAUCAUCAUGAUCAUCGUCGUCGUUAUAAUAUCUCCGGUUUUUUUUUUAACAUUUUUUUUUUCUUUAAAUAUAUAUGUACACAUAUAUAUAUAUAUAUUUUAACUUCUCUAUUCUGUAGUGAAGCGUAAAAUAUUCAUAUUAAAAUGGGAAAGGUCGCGUAUGCACACUCCGCAGAGAGACACUCCCGCGUUUAAUUAGUCUCUCUCAGAAUAUCAUGGUAAUAUUAUAUCUAUGUAUAUGACAUAACACAAGGAGUGUCUAGGGACGACGGAUAUGAUGCUGGCACGUAUGAGCAUCUGCAGCAGCAGCAGUAGCAGGGACGUAGUAAAUCGGACGUACGUUUAAUUGUCCGUUUAUUUUCAACCCCGAAAUGCGUUAACCCUUUAGGUAUAUGUCAAAUAUUAAAAAAUAAAAACAACACCAGAAAUACGUUUGUCUUCCCCGUCGUCGGCUGUACGGCUGACUGACAACAGGUGCCGAAAAGUGAAUAACAAAAAAAAAACAAACGGACAUACGCCGCACGGUGGGUGAACCACUGUUAUAGGGGAAAAUCUGGGAAGGUAGAGGGGAAAUCGAAUAUAUAUCUAUACGCAAAGAUUAACUAUUGCUAAUGAAAAACGAUUCUGAACGAAGUUUGGUUGUACAUGUUUUGAAAGACCAUAAUAUUUACGAUUUGAAAAUAAUACAUUUCGUAUAUUUUCCCAAAUUGCCUACGUUUUUCCAUUUAUUGGAAAAACUCUUAGGAAAAUCAAACAAAUUACAUCAUUAAAGUACCAUCCCAGUCGGACUUCCUUUUGGAAAAGAGAUUACUCGAAAAUCGGAGCGAAAUUUCUGGUAGAAAAGUUGUUCACAGAUAAAAUAAAAAUAAAUAAAUAAACAUCAUUGUAUGAUGUAUUAUAUUGAUAAUAAUAUAUUUUUUUUUUCAAUUAUUUCACUACUUCUAUAAAGCUCUAUAUAAUAUUUUGUUAAACAUAUAAUGAUUAUAGUAAAUAAACAGUUUUUAUAAUGCUAACGGUUUUUUACUCCUAAUAUUUUACAGACUACUGAGCGAUAACGAUAAAAAACCGUUUAUGGAAGAGGCCGAGAAGUUGAGAGUGACCCACAAGAAAACAUAUCCCGACUAUAAAUACCAACCCCGCAGGCGUAAGGCGGCCAAAGGCGUGCCGAAGGCGAUUCAAGAAAAAUCGCAGCAACAGCAGCCGGACAAAUCAUCCGAACAGAAUAACGAUCAUCAAUAUCAACAGCAUGUAAAACACGAUAAUUCGACGCCAAACUGUAACAGGUAACAAACAAAAUGAUCAUAUAAACAAAAUUUAUGUUCCAUAGAAUAAAACUGCAAAUAUAAAACAAUAAAAUAUAGCCCAGACAUAUUGAAUCGUAUAAUGUAAUUUAUACUAUGCGAAUUUAUUUCGUUUUAUCAAUCGAUUUAUUCAUAGAAUUUUCACUUUUCACGGAUAAUUUUAUAAUCGAAUAUUAAACAUUUUGGUACAUUUGAUCUAUUACAGGUUAAUUACCUAUAGUUUUUUUUUUUUUUGUUCUGUGGUACAGCCAGGGGGGCGGCAGGUCAUAACUCCCGUCGAAAUUUCAAAUUUAUUUUACGAAUCCUACACGUAAUACAUAUAAUACGUAUAAUAGUUGCGUAAUUUAUAUUGUAAUAUUAUUCCUGACUUUCCCUUGUAAUUUUAAAUACUUGUGCGUCGUGCACGUUACUUAUGUUUAGUUCUUAGUUUGUACCUCGGAAUCCCGUCCAGAAAAUUGUUCAAAUAUCAUAAUAAUCCCCCGAAAACGAAUUCUAGCCGCAUCACCGCAAUCUAACUUAGGUCAAUUUUUUUAAAACUCAUAUACAUAUAUAAGUAUUAAUACAAGUACGAUAUAUGCCUACUUAUAAUAAAACAGAUUUUUUUUUUUUUUUGUAAUUAUCUAUAAUAAAAUGUAACGAUGUAAAAUAAUACAAAUAUUCGGUACGGGUUUGUACAAUAGUAACAACGUCAGUAAUGGUCGUUCGAUCAAACAAGAAAUGAUAACCGCCAGCUCGUCGACCAGUAGCAGUCCAUCCGGUUCGCCGCCGGGACCGUUGACUCCUCCUACUACACCCAACUAUUACCAGGCCAAACCGAAACACGCUUGCUGUUACUCGCCGUACAGUAAUAAUUACAGUAAGCAUACGUCAUAAUAUUGUUAUUUAUUACAACCACCGCCGAAGCCGUUAAAACACUCUCGUAUCUGUAAAACGUGUAUGGAAUAAAUUCCAGACGAUUAAAAGAUUAUAAUAUAAUAAUAUCUGAAACGCUCGAAUAUCCUGAGUAUAUUGUAUUCUUCUCGAUUCGGUUUACCUCUAUAACCGCCAAUCCGUGUCUUAUUUUACUGUUAUCUCCCUGUCGCUUCCUAUAACAGGGUGUCUGUAUCUCGGUCUCAUCCCGGUCGGAUUCCCAUGCAGUAAAUCGUUGCCUUUAUUAUUUUUCUACAGUGUUGUUUGCUCUCUCUCUCUCUCUCUCUACCUCUCUCUCUACGCGUUGGACGUCGUUUAAUUCGUUUACUUUAAAAAUUCUUUACUAACUACCAUACAAAUUAAAAAUAUCUGCAAAUUAUUAUAAUUUUCCUCGCGAUUGCGUUUACAAAAUCAAUAAUACCUCUGCGUUACGUUUUCCCUGUUAUUGGACGUAAUUCACGGCCAUUUUAUAUUGAUCAGUAUUAAGCACACCUACUACAUAUCCAAGGUUGCCAUCCGUAUUAUUUUUCAAAAGAAUUAUAUUAUACUUUUGUUGGUAAAUAAUUUAUACUUUACAGUUCCGUUAAAGUAUACGCUGAAACACUUUAUUUUUAUAAUAUUGACACAUUCUGUUGAAAUUAAUCCAAAAAAUAAAAAAAGGAUUUACGAUCAAAUUUUUUUGGCCGUUUAACACAGUUUUUAGAUUAAAAAAAAAAAAGCAAUAGCACGGCCUAGAAUCGAGUUAUGAGCACAAAAAAAAUCUCCGAGUCAUUCUGUACUUUGAUUUAAAAACAAAGACAACAAUAGAUAAUGGUGAUGUAACGCACACCCAUCAUCACCACUGUAUAUAUUUAAUUUGAUUUUCGUUCGUUACGAAAAUAUUGUGUUAUUUAAUAUAUUAUUGUGCACCUAGACGAAGCGGUUAUCGAUUACAGUCUCGACUUUGGCCGUAUGGACGAUCUGCCGGCCGUGGACGGUAUAAAUCUGGUGGACACUUCCGAACUGGACCAGUACCUUAGACAAUAUCCGUCCACGUCCGCAACUGCUUCCGGUUCUUGGGUGCAGGACCAAGAGCAGUACUAUCAUCACCACGCUAGGUACCACGAACUACAACCGAAUCCGGCUGCUAAACCCGCAAUUUUGACCGUUUGUCAGACGGCGUAUCAGCCAUCGUAUCAGUACGUCAUCAACAACUUCAACUAACUCCCGAACGUUUUUUUUUAAUAUUUUUUUUUUUUUUUGGUCAAUAAAACCGCUAUUUAAGAAGUUAAAGGUACCUGCAAACAUAUACCUAUAACUAAUACAAUUAUUUAUGUCGCUUUUUUUUUUCGUGUAAAAACACGUGGUCAAUAAAAAUAUUUUACUACAAGUUAGGAAAAUUAUUUUAUAAUGAUAACAAUAGUAUAAUUUUCCCCUUAAUAUAUAGCCAUAUGGUAAUAAUUUUAUAUUGAUAUGACUGAUGAUAUUAUGAUAAUAUAACGAGAAAAUUCGUCGGCUUAAAACCAGAAGGUUCUUUAAGAUUUGUUUUUUUUUAAUUUUACUUUUUUCUGAAUUUUAAUAAGUACUUAUAUAAGUAAUUCGGGAAACAUUUUUUAAACGUACAGUAGAAUUAUUAGUAAUGAAUCAUCAAGAUAUUCAGGGCUCAAAUAGGUAUCGGUAAAGUCGAAUCUACCUACAACCUACAGAAAUACGAUAAAUAUGCUUUCGUGAAAAAAAUAUUAAACCUUGUGAUUUUAAGCAGACAGAAUAUUUUGUUUGUGGCUCAAUGUGUGUAACAUACCAUUGAAAUUUAAAUUAAAUAUGUGACCUACCUUGUUAUAAAAAAAAAAUUCGAUUCAUAAGGUCUUGAAGAAAUUCUUCAAAAAUUUUAUCCUUAUUUUGAUACAUUUCCAAUAUAUACUGAAAACCCAAAAUUUUUAUUACCAUUUUCCUCAUAGUUUAUCUGUCACUUUAAUCACUAUAUGUAUCUUGUUAAAGUGGUUUUAUGUUCCAACUUCGGUAUCUUCUUUUACCCUGAAAUAGGGAUUCAUCGAAAUCAACUAUGACAGAUAUUCUACCAAUUUGUUUGCUUUGGUUACAUUUUUCCAUAAUAUCUCUGAAUAAAUUACACCAAUUUAUAACUGUUGAUUUACAUUGAUUGGUUAAUCUUAAGGGCUUGAUCGUUAGAAAUUUCAUUAGACCCGUAUAAAAUAAUCGUAUUAGUAGGCCACGACUAUAGUGGGUUAAAAUAUCGACGGUAGGUCACAUAAUAUUGGACCACAACCGUAGGUAUACGUUUUUAAAUGUAAAAAAAAAAAAAAAAAAAAACAGCCAACAACAAAUAGUUUUAAGGACAAUAUUUAAGUAUUUAAACGUAUAAUAUAUUAUCGAUAAUAAAAUAAUUAAUAAUAAUAUAAUAUAAUGUUACAGCUACAGUAUUUUUAUAAUAAUAUAUAAUUAAUAAUUAAUUUCAAUAUUGUAUUUUACACGCAU